AAUUCUUUGCAGUCUGCCUGGGACUUAAUGGCACCAAGCGAAAGGCCUCUGGGUCACCCAGGGACAGCGCACCUCAAUCAUCGACAAGGAAAGGCCAAGGAAGAGCAGAAGCCUUGCUUGCGUGAGGGACAUGGAUGAGGCUGCCCUGAGGACGGACAUUGGCACCCUCCCAGCACUCCACUCCAUGGUGUGUCAUCUCCCCAGAGAGCACCUGGAGGAGCGGAGAGAGGCCCUGGACUCUCUGGUCCAUCUGGCUCGCUUGUUCCUGCUGAAGCUGCUUGUGUUCCUGUUUAGGAGGCUGAACAAGGACGAGGAAGAGGAGGCCUGUGGCAGUCUCUUCAUUCUGGACCGGAUAGUCCAAUCCAACAUUUCCGAAAUGACACACCAUACAGAGAAGCUGUUCACAGCCGUAGGGCCAAUCCUGCAGAGCACAAGCAUACAGGUCAGAGAAGCCCUUGCUUCUUUUAUACGGACAAUGGGGGCACAUGGGCUCUUGGAGAAAUCUGCAUCCAGACCCUUCAUUGACUUCUUGGUGCGUCAGUGCACCCUGAUCCUCGACAGCACGAGGGUGAACCCCAGGUCCACUCUACCCCAGGAGCUGCUGGCUCGGCUGCUGCCCCCAGAGGAGCUGGCUCGUCACAUUCCUCACGUUCAUUGCACAUCGACCCAGCACCUCUCGGCAUUUCACAGAACCAGCGAGCUCUCUGAGCCAGCCACCUUCCUGGCUCCCCUGAUCCUGGGGCUGGACCAGGUCCCCCAGCACAAGUUAGUGCAGCCCUUGGAUGGCUCCAAUAUAAGCCAGCUGGAAUGA